AUGUCAAGUGUCUUCCAAUAUCUACAAUCACGCUUCUAUUCUAAUAAUGAUAGUAAUUAUAAUAACACUAAUGCUAAUGCUGCUUUUAAUAAUGUAACUUCUAUUAAUACUGGAAAUGGUGGAAAUACGGAGAGUAGUUCCAGAGUUGUCAGUCUAGAUAUAACUAGUAUUGCAUCAGAUUACAACGAUGAUGAUGAUGAUAAUGAUAAUGAAGAAGAGGAGGAAGAAGUGAGUAAUACAGAGAUGGCAUAUUAUUUUCAAAGUUUUCGAAAUAAAAAGACUAGUAGUAUGGAUUUAACUUUUAGAAUAUGUCGAAUGCAAGCUAGUGAUAUUCAGCAACAAGCUGGUAUUACUCAAGAUGAUCCAAAGAAAAGACGUACAAGGAGUGAAGAAGUACCAUUAAUAUAUAAUAAGAAGAGACAAACUACAAAAACUGAACCUGAAUUAGAAUCCAAACCAGUAGACUAUGAUGAUAAAUGGCUAAGAAUCCUCAAGGGUAUUAAUAGACGUAAUUUUAACACAGGAAGAAAAUAUAGACAUGUAGAAGAAAGAAUCUGGAAUAAUUCGACUAUUCAUCACUCUACAACUAUUGAACUACCAACUGUUGAUUAA